UUUUCCCUCCGCCUUCCCUUCCCGAGUCCCCUGCGGGUGCAGCAUGAAGUGCAGCGAUGGCAAGGCGAGGUAAGACGGUCGUGAGGACGCUGGAAGAUUUGACGCUGGACUCCGGUUAUGGUGGCGCCGCGGACUCGGUGCGCUCCUCCAACCUGUCGCUCUGCUGCUCGGAUUCCCAGCCGGCGCACGCCUAUGGAGGAAACUGCUGGCCGCAGCUAACCGACUCCAUGCACAGUCGGCACAACAGCUUCGACACCGUCAACACCGUCCUCGUGGAAGACUCGGAGGCGCUGGACUGCGCGGGGCAGCAGUGCCCGCGCCUCCUGCCCGACCUCGAGGAGGUGCCCUGGAGCGUGGAGGAGGUGGAGGCGCUGCUGCCGCUGCGGCCGCCGGGCUGCGGCGGGCGGGAUGCGGCCGCGCGCCUCUCCACGCUCGUGAGCCGGGCGCUCGUGCGCAUCGCGCGCGAGGCGCAGCGCCUCAGCCUGCGCUUCGCCAAGUGCACCAAGCACGAGGUGCAGAGCGCCCUGGAGAUCGUGCUGGGCUGGACGCUGGCGGCGCGCUGCACGGCCGCCGCGCUCGCCGCCCUCUCGCUCUACAACAUGAGCGGCAGCGGCGGCGACCGCUUCAGCCGCGGCAAGUCGGCGCGCUGCGGGCUCGCCUUCUCCGUGGGCAAGUUCUACCGCUGGAUGGUGGACAGCCGCGUGGCGCUGCGCAUCCACGAGCACGCCGCCAUCUACCUCACGGCCGCCACCGAGAGCCUCUUCCGCGACAUCCACGCGCGCGUCGUGGCCGGGCCCGCCGCCCCGCCGCCCGGCCGCCCCGCCGGCCCCGCCGGCGCCGCCGCGGCCGCGGCCGACAAGGAGAAGGAGGGCGGCGAGGCGCCCCGCUUCACCCUCGAGGCGCUGGAGCACACGGUCAGCAACGACCCCGAGCUCUGGGGCUUGCUGCAGCCCUACCAGCACCUCAUCUGCGGCAAGAACGCGAGCGGUGUUCUCUGCCUGCCGGACAGCCUGAACCUCCACAARGACCAGGCGAGGUCCAACAAGCCCGGGGAGGUGCAGAUGUUCAGCCAGUCGGAGCUAAGGACCAUCGAGCAGUCCCUGCUGGCCACGCGCGUGGGGAGCAUUGCUGAACUCAGUGACCUGGUGUCCCGCGCCAUGCACCACCUGCAGCCGCUCAACGCCAAGCAGCCGGGCAACGGCACGCCGCUGCACCACAGGCAGGGCUCGCUCUACUGGGAGCCCGAGGCCCUCUACACGCUCUGCUACUUCAUGCACUGCCCGCAGAUGGAGUGGGAGAACCCCAACGUGGAGCCCUCCAAAGUCACGCUGCAGACGGAGAGGCCCUUCAUCGUGCUGCCUCCGCUGAUGGAGUGGAUCCGGGUGGCCGUGGCGCACGCCGGCCACCGCCGCAGCUUCUCCGUGGACAGCGACGACGUGCGGCAGGCGGCGAGGCUCCUGCUGCCCGGCGUGGACUGCGAGCCUCGACAGCUCAAGAUCGACGACUGUUUCUGUGCAUCUCGGAAACUGGAUGCAGUUGCCACAGAAGCGAAGUUCAAGCAGGACCUGGGGUUCCGAAUGCUGAAUUGUGGCCGAACAGAUCUAGUUAAACAGGCCAUAUCCUUGCUGGGCCCGGAUGGAAUUAACAGCAUGAGUGAGCAGGGCAUGACUCCACUGAUGUAUGCUUGUGUCAGGGGUGAUGAGGCUAUGGUGCAGAUGCUGCUAGAUGCUGGAGCAGAUCUGAAUGCAGAGGUUGUCAGUACUGCUCAUAAAUACCCAUCCGUCCACCCUGAGACCCGCCAUUGGACAGCUCUGACAUUUGCUGUGUUGCAUGGACAUAUUCCUGUAGUUCAGCUGUUGCUGGAUGCUGGAGCAAAGGUAGAAGGUUCUUUGGAGCAUGGAGAGGAAAAUUACUCUGAAACUCCUUUACAGUUGGCAGCAGCAGCUGGAAAUUUUGAACUGGUUAGUUUGCUGCUGGAGCGAGGAGCUGACCCCAUGAUAGGCACAAUGUACAGGAACGGCAUUUCCAUGACUCCACAAGGUGACAUGAACUCUUUCAGUCAGGCUGCUGCGCAUGGACACAGGAAUGUGUUUCGUAAGCUCCUCGCUCAGCCCGAGAAAGAGAAGAGCGAUAUUCUGUCCCUGGAGGAGAUCCUGGCAGAGGGGAAUGACCUGCCCGAUUCUGCAGCAGCUCCGCUUUGCGCCAGCCGCAACAGCAAGGCCAAGCUGAAGGCCCUGAAGGAAGCCAUGUACCACAGUGCUGAACACGGAUAUGUGGACGUGACCAUCGACAUCAGGAGCAUAGGUGUUCCCUGGACGCUGCACACGUGGCUGGAGUCCCUGCGAACGUCCUUCCAGCAGCACAGAAGACCCCUCAUCCAGUGCUUGCUCAAGGAAUUCAAAACCAUUCAGGAAGAAGAGUACACAGAGGAGCUCAUCACACAGGGGUUGCCUUUGAUGUUUGAGAUACUGAAAGCGAGCAAGAAUGAAGUUAUAAGUCAGCAGCUGUCCGUCAUUUUCACGCAUUGCUACGGACCCUACCCGAUUCCAAAGCUUGUUGAAAUUAAGCGCAAGCAGACCUCUCGCUUAGAUCCGCAUUUUCUUAACAACAAAGAGAUGUCAGAUGUUACAUUUCUGGUGGAAGGAAGACCAUUUUAUGCGCAUAGAGUGUUGCUAUUUACUGCAUCACCAAGGUUUAAAGCGCUGCUGUCCAGCAAGCCCGCAGCUGAUAGUACUUGUAUUGAGAUCAACUAUGUGAAGUACCCCAUCUUUCAGCUGGUUAUGCAGUAUCUUUAUUACGGAGGUGCAGAGUCACUGCUGAUUAAAAAUAAUGAAAUCAUGGAGCUUCUCUCUGCUGCUAAAUUUUUCCAGCUUGAAGCUUUACAACGACACUGUGAGAUCAUUUGUGCAAAAAGCAUUAAUACAGAAAACUGUGUGGAUAUUUAUAAUCAUGCCAAGUUCCUCGGAGUCACAGAACUCUCUGCCUAUUGCGAAGGCUACUUUCUAAAAAAUAUGAUGGUCCUCAUUGAGAAUGAAGCUUUCAAACAGCUGCUGUAUGACAAGAACGGAGAAACAUCUGGUCAAAACGUACUGCAGGACUUACAGAGGACGUUGGCCACAAGGAUUCAGUCAAUUCAUUUGUCUUCUUCAAAGGGCUCCAUUGUAUAAAGCUGAGGAAGGCGRCAACACUCCAAUAAAGACCCUGCAAGCUAAGUCUCCCGUUGCAGUUGUUUAAAUGAAUAUUAAAAAAAGAAAAAUCUCCUUCACAUCCAAAUAGUUCUGUGUUGGCCAAAGGUGCUGCGUUGCGGCGGCGGCCUCGUCGGGAUGAGGGAAUGCAGAACACGUAGCUCCUUGCUCUGAGCAGCAGGGAUAGAGCCCUGCUUGUCAGUGAAUCGCUGUUGUAGUCGCGUUCUGAACACACGAGUGGUCGCGGAGCCAGAUGCCAAUAAGAGCCAGAACCCGCAUCAAUGAACAGCAGAAGCCCCUGCCUGUGCAGUGAUGCCGUGGAGGACCUAAAUUAGUGAUUUAAGGCUGUUUUGCUCCACAGUGUCACCCAUUUAAGAACUAUAUCUCUCCCGGAGUCCAUUAUCGUGUGCAUUUAAGAGAUGUAAGAACUGCGAGUUGCCGUUGAGCAAUGAUUGACUGUGCUAGAGAGUGGGUAAGACUGUUGUAACUGAGGAAAUAGACUGGCAGAUUUUUAGGGGUGGGAACUUUUUAAAUUGUUCAUAAAAAAAUAAAGGGGUGGCCUUGUAGUUUAAAAACUAUUUCUUAAGUUUAAAUUUUCAUUUUCGASAGAGCUGUGUUUGGGAACCUAUGUAAUGUUUUGUUUUGGUUUUUUUAAUGGUAAAAUGUACAUUGUGUAAACAUAACCU